CGGCGGCCCCGCCCUCUUUUCUCGGUGAAUCGUUGAUGAAGAGCGCAGCAUCGUCCGGGAAGUGCAGGGUUUUAUUUCACUCUGACAGGAAAUGGCGCUGGAAAGAAGCGUCUCUUUUUGUUGGACAGAGGAUCUCAGGGAGGAAGACGUGAACACGGACUCGGGUGAGGAGGCGAGGCCGCUGGUAAUGGAGGAGGACCUAAAGGUGAUCUGUGCUAAAGAGAUGGCUCUGCUGUCCCUGAUCGACAAGACGGGCUACAACAUGGUGCAGGAGAACGGGCAGAGGAAGUACGGAGGUCCACCGCCAGGCUGGGAGGGUCCCGCCCCCCCGCGGGGUUGCGAGGUGUUCGUGGGGAAGAUUCCCAGAGACAUGUACGAGGACGACCUGGUGCCGCUGUUCGAGAAAGCCGGGAGGAUCUACGAGUUCAGACUGAUGAUGGAGUUCAGCGGGGAGAACCGUGGCUAUGCCUUCGUCAUGUACACCGACAGAGAAGCAGCUCAGAGAGCCAUCCAGAUGCUGGACAACUACGAGGUGCGCCCGGGGAAGUUCAUCGGCGUGUGUGUGAGUCUGGACAACUGCCGCCUCUUCAUUGGCUCCAUCCCCAAAGACAAGAGGAAGGACGAGAUCAUCGAGGAGAUGAAGAAGGUGACGGACGGCGUCGUGGACGCGAUCGUGUACCCGAGCACCACAGACAAGAACAAAAAUCGAGGUUUUGCCUUUGUGGAGUACGAGUCCCAUAAAGCUGCAGCGAUGGCUCGCAGGAAGCUCAUUCCAGGAACGUUCCAGCUGUGGGGUCACUCCAUCCAGGUGGACUGGGCGGAGCCUGAGAAAGAUGUGGAUGAGGAGGUCAUGCAGCGAGUUAGGGUCCUUUAUGUGCGAAACCUCAUGCUGGAGACGUCGGAGGAAACUCUUCGUCAGGAGUUCUCUCGCUUCAAGCCGGGCUGCGUGGAGAGAGUCAAGAAGCUCUCCGACUACGCCUUCAUCCACUACCGCUCUCGCAGCGACACCCUCACCGCGCUCAGCCUCAUGAACGGAGCCCACAUCGAUGGAGCCGCCGUGGAGGUGACGCUGGCCAAACCAGCGGGCGUGAAAGACGGAGGUGCAGCUGGCCGGAAGUGCGGCACCAGAGGCGGUCAGGGAGGAGGAGGAGGGAAUGGAGGAAACGGGACAUUUGGGCUGCACAGGAAUGAUGGAGGGAUGAUAGGAGGAGACCCAAUGAGACAGGUGUCCCUGCCGCUGACAAACCCCUUCUACACAGGGAGUCGAGACGACCUGGAGCGCUGCAUGUACCCCCUGCUGCCCGGCACCCCCCUCACCGCCACCAGCCUGCUGUCGCUCAAGCAGAGUCAGAUCAGCUCGGCCGUCAGCCUGCUCGACUUUUACUGCCGCAAAAACUGCUGGUUGCCCCCGGAGUACUACCUGUACUCCACACCAGGGCAGGACGGAAAGCUGCUGUUACUGUACAAGGUGGUGAUACAAUCCACACGAAGGACGUUCAUCCCUGACAAGCUGUGUGUGCUGCUGGAUGAUGCCAAGGAGCUUGCUGCUCAGACCACCCUGUGGAACCUUGACUUUUCUUUUCUGACCGGAGCAUCCUGUGACUCUCCCAGCAGCAACUCUCCUCCUCUCGCCAUGUCCCCGCCUGCUGCCACUGUCACCACUCCAGGGGUCCUGACCUGCACCAGCCGGGCCUUCGCCUCCUGCCUCCCUCCUCCUCCUCCUCCUCCUCAGUCCCCGUACCCCCUCUCCACCCUGUCUUCUCUCUCCUCGCUCACCCCUGCCGCCUCUCCGACUCAGAGACUCUACAUCAGCCCGCAGUCGCCGUUCUACUGAUGUCAUUUUCUGCCGGAGGUGUUUCCUCACCUGAGGGUCAGAAGUUAGAGGAAGAUCCACAGGAGGAAAAGUGCGAGGAAGAAAAGGCAGGACUGUGUUUCUUACAAUUACACUCCACACGGUGUAAUUGUACAUUGCUAAUGGGCCUUUUUACAUUAGAGCCUCUGUUAUGUUAACUUUCGUCGUCCUGUUAUGUUGUGAGGGAAGGGGCGUAGUCACUGUUCUGUCAUCCUCUUCUUAUUCUAGAGGAAUUUUUGUAGCUGCCGACUUCCUUCACAAUCCAACUUUAAAUAUGGAGCUCCAAAACAAAAGACCAGUUUCUUCUUUUCUGUUUUUGUGUGAGCUGUUUUGCACCCAGGCUGGUUUUAAGAGUUUAAAAAAAAGAAGAAAAGCACGAGGAAGAUGGAGCCUCUGCAACAACUUUUGUUGUUUAUUCUCAUUUAAACUGCAUUUAGCACAAACAGAGGCACAGUUAGUUUUUCAUGGUUUAGUUUCACAUUUGUGCUUCUGUAGUUGUUUAGUGUUCAUAAAGAAAAGUUCAUUUUACAGUAAUGAAAAAAGCAACGGGGGGGGGGGGACGUCCUUUUAAAGGGUUGAUCUAUUCAAAAGCAGGCACCUGAGUAAAUAUCUCUGGAAAAAUUUUUUUUCCAAAUUUACAACUAUAAAGCAGACAAAAAUUAUAAAAUCAGCAUUUUUAUUUACAUUUACAAAAUAAUUAGUUGUUGCAUGCCUUAGAGAUAAUAUUGAUGGUAUUUCGUUAUUUUCGAAGACUUUCAUUGUCAUUAUGGGAACAGUUUUGACCUUUAAUUUAUGGGGGUCCUUAAUUAAUGGGGAAAAGGUAGAAUAAUCAAUAAAAAUCCAUAACAUAGUAUUUUAUGUUUUAGAAUUUGUCUUUAUGGGACCUGAAAUUCACUUGUUAUUGGUAAUUACGUCAUAGUUUAGGCCAUUUUUCCAUUACAGGUAGUAUAAAAAAGUUAAUUAACUGCCAACAUAAUCAGCAGAUUGAUCAGUAUAAAAGUACGAUUAUUAAUGGUAGACCUACAGAUAAAUAUUCUUCCAUUUGUUUUGUUCUUUUUUUGUAGACACUUUGGAAUUCAAAAAGGAUUUUCUAGAAAUUUUAUAAUUGUUUAAAGAUGAUUUUACAGGAAAUUGUUACAAAAUUACAGAUUUUGUAUAAAUAUUUUGGAGAUGAGGACAUGCUGUAUAUGUUUUCUUCUUACAGUUUUACAUUUUUAAAGCAAGCAGAAUUUAUAAAUACUUUUUUGCUGUGCCCUGGGGGAGUUUGAAGUCUAGAGGAGAGGGUUGUUCCUUAAAAAAUGAAUUCAAAAGCACUGAAAGGUGAGUUUGACAGUUUGAAAUUCAUCGUUUUUAAGAUCAAAGUAACAGCGGAGUGUUUUUAUGUUCAUGUUUUUUUUUUCUCUUUCUUGAUUAGUUUGACUGAUGCAUGUUGUUUGGACUUUAAAUGUUUUACGUAUUUACAGUGACUGUGUUUGCGUAGUUUUACUUCACGUUCAUUUUACUCUGUCCCUUGUUUCAUACAAAGCUCCUGACACAUGUUGCUCUGCUCGACUGAUUUUUAGGAGAAUUUGUGUUUAAAAACAGAGCGAAGAUCCUGUUUGUGACAGAGAAUCUGAAUAUUUUUAAUGCAUGUCAGAAUAUUCGUCCCAGUUGUCGUUUUAGUGAGAUCCAAACCAGACUGCAGACUGAAAUCUUUUCAGUCGUGAAUAAGAAAAGCAGAAACAGUAGUGAUAGUAAGGCCAAUUAGAAAUCACGAUAGUGUGUAAAAGAACAAAUCUUAGUUGCUCCGAAUGUUACCCUAUUUAUUAAAAACAGAUAUGAAGUAUUUCACAACGCUCAAAAAGUAAUGAAGGGUUUGCUUAUAAGCUUCCCACACGGUUAAAUUUCAAGCACAUGAAGUCAAAGAGUUUUGUGUAUUCAUGUGAAUCUCUGUGUUGUAGUUCAAUCUCAGGAAACUUGUUUCCAAAAAUUAAACACUGGGAGUGUGGGAAUUAAACUCUGCCACAGUUGAUUCAUUUACACCUGUACCGUUUUUGGUCUACGAAAUGGUUGAAUAGUAUAAAGUACAAUACUAUGCAAAAGUCUCGAGUCACCAUUCAUUUCUUUAUAUUUUGAUCCAAAGAAGCCAGGCUUUCUUGAAUUUGAAAGUGGGUUUGAGCACUGGUUCUUUGGGUUUUGUAGGACUUUCUGUAGGCUGCUUUUUCACUCAUUCAGUCCAGUCCAGUCUUUGUACCUGACUGUUUACAGAGAAUGUUUCUUGUCUGUUUGCUUGGCCACUUAACACUGAUCUAUGUGUCAUUCAAACAUUAAAAACCACACCAAACUCAA